AUGGCGCUGGCCGUCACUGGUUCCCCUCUCUCUGCCCCAGGCCAGGACCCCUCUUCAACAUCUGCACUCGAUAUCCCUGAUGCCACUGUAGUCACAACAGUCAUCCACGGCAAACCCACAACUAAGGUUUGCCCGAUCUAUGAUGAAUUCCCAGAGGAGGGUGAGGACGAGGACGACGAUGACGAGGACGACGAAGAAGAAGAAGAUGAAGAUGAUGGCUGUCCUCCUACUAUCCCACGACCCAAGCCAUCUGGAAGCAACAGCGCUCCUGGAUCUGGUCCCGCCCUCACAUCAAGCUGGCCCUCUGAACCUACACAAACAGAACCUCCAACGACAACAGCGCCUGUAGAAUCAAGCCCUGCAGAGCCCACCACUGCUAGCGAUGGCGCAGAAAAUCCAUCGUCGCCAUCAUCCACAGGUUCAUACAUAUACAGUACACCUUCAUUCCCUACGCCAACAAAUGAUCCGUCAUCCACGCGCGAUAUUUUGCCAGUUUCAUCUCCUCACUAUAUGCCUGUAUUCAAUGAGCCCGAUUUCACGCCCAAGGAGCAGACACCCACCGGUCCCAUCGAGCGUGGCACAGUCAAAUUCAAGAUUGAAAGCUACCCUGAUACCUGGAAGACGCCUUCUGGUGACCAUGAAGAAGUGCAAGCAGCUAUUGCAGCAAUCAACUGGGACAAGGUUCCAAAGGCGCCUGUCCGCACUGCUGACAAGGGCACUGGGGAUUUGGAUAUGAAGAGCUACGACGUUGGUGACGAUGAGUACUGCUGGUGGAGCGCAACUGGCUGCGUCAAGCCCAAGGCCCAGUAUAUUCCAGAGGAUGCCCAUAUCUGCAACGAACCCGGUGAUUGGGGUUUGACUUUUGAUGAUGGUCCGUUGAACCCCAGAAAAGACGUCGUAGCCAACAGUCCAGAUGGAAUUGAUGAGUUCGCUGAACCCUACUUGUACGACUUUUUGGCUGAGCAAGGCACCAGAGCUACUCUGUUCUAUGUCGGUUCGAACGUUGUCACAUAUCCCGAAGCUGCUAAGCGCGCUUUUGAUGCUGGUCAUCACUUGUGCCUGCAUACCUGGUCUCACGUUGCAAUGACGACCUUAAAAGACGAGGAGGUCGUUGCUGAGCUCUAUUGGGCUCUUCGUGCCGUCAAGGAAGCAACUGGAGCGACUUCAAAAUGCUGGCGUCCACCUUUCGGCGAUGUCGAUGACCGUGUUCGUGCUAUUGCACACCAGAUGGGCCUUACCACCGUACUCUGGAGCCGGGACUCGAACGAUUGGAAUUUACCUUCUAUGACGAACAAAGGUCAGCUCGAACCCGAAACCGUGGAUGGCUAUUUCAGUCAAUGGAUCGACGAGCGUAUGGCUGGUAACGAAACACACGGACACAUUGGUCUUCAGCAUGAAUUGAACGAAGUCACCAUUGGUAUGGCCGAAAAGUGGCUCCCCAAGUUAAAGGAGGCUUUCAGCAUCAAACCUAUCCACGAAUGCACAGCUGUAGGCAUGCCAUACUGGGAGAUGGGUUCGGAAGGCCACCACGAUUCUGACGAGGACCAUGACCAUGAUCAUGACCAUGAUGAAGAUGAUGAAGACUCUGAUGAUGACAAGGACCACAAGGACAAGGAUGAUGAUCAUGAUGAUGAAGACCAUGAUGAUGACUCUGAUGAUCACAAAAACCACAAGGACAAGGAUGACGAUCACGAAAAAGAUCACGAUAAGGAUGAAGAGUACGAUGAGGACGAGGAUUAA